AUGUGGUCCAGUACCAUCUUCGCUGCCACCACCCUGGCCACUUUUCUGAAGGGUGUCUCCAGCGCUCCCCCCCCCUCCACUGACGAAGCCCCGAACGGAAUUGCCGGCUACAACAUAGUCGACGUUUCCUGGGACCUCCCCAUCAAGCUUGACGACCCCACCAGCGAGAUCGUCACCGUGACCGGCACGAUCGAGGAGGCCAUUGCCCAAAUGGAAGCCGCCUACCCCGGCUGGAACGAGACCUUCCAAGCCGGAAUCCCUACCGAUCCCAUGCCCACCGGUGAUGACACGAGCUUCGUCUCCGUCGGCACCGCUGAUGAACAGCCCGAGUCCAUCAACUGCAAGGUGGACUACGACGGCGCGAGAACGAGCAAAAUCUGGGACGGGAUUUGUUACUUGAGGCGUUUGAACACUGACCCACCCAAGAACGGGCCGGGGCCGGGGAAUUGUGGACGAGUGAGCUGUUCGUGGAAGUCGGCUAUCUAUUGGUGCAACGAUAACUUGGAAGAGAAGGAGCUCACGUGGAAGCAAAUUGGCGAUGGCGCGAAUUCUGUGCUGCAUGGUGGAUGCAUCACUGGUAGAUCGACCUAUCAAAGGGUCAAGGGCCAGGCGUUCUUCAAGGACAAUUGGAAUGUCCUUGUUCGUGGGGAUGAUUGCUGA